GCGACUGUUUGGAAGCGGCAGAUGGCGGUAUCUCCAUUACUUAAAGCUUUAAAAAGCAUACGUCACGUUUUCCUUUGUAGUUAAGUUGUGUAUCUAUCGAAUAACUGCUGUGUGAUGAGGGCGGGCAGAAGAUGUUUACGCCAAGAUCUCUGAAGCUCAAAAGAGCCAGCGAGUCCCCUCAGCACAACCCCAAGAGGAGCAAAGCGACAUCUGAAGACGGUGUUUCCACAUCUCAAUCAGAUACCACAUCUCUGAUAUCUGAUUUGAAAUGUCUUCCAGAUGCGACUGUAAAUAAACAGGAGGAUUUUAACUUGGAGACUUCAACAUCACAAACAGGCGAGAGUGAAACUGAGAAGGAACCGAAGCAGAACGAGACUGAAGAAUCUGAUGAAGAAGAGGAACCUGUAAAGUCUUUCAAAAAGAACCAGAGAUGGCCCGAACCCGGAGAACCUGUCUGCGUGAUGUGCGGUCGCUAUGGAGAAUACAUCUGCGAUAAAACGGACAACGAUGUCUGUAGUCUGGAAUGUAAAGCCAGUCAUUUGGCCAAAACCUGCAUGGACUUUGGAGAGAAUGUUUUUUAUAAAGAUCCACAGGGGGGUUCUGAUAUCUCCCACGCAUCCGAAACCCACAGUACCGGUGCCCAAGAUCUGGGUUGCUCAAACAAGGAGGACUCUUUCAUAUCUGAACUGACAGAGAAACAGGUUGAGAGAGUCAAAACAGAGUUGGCGAUUGUGACUCGAGGUCGUGAUGUCCGUAGACCCAUUAUAGAGUUUGAGCACUGUAACUUUCCCACAGUACUCGGGGACAAUCUAAAGAAAGCUGGAUAUGAAGCGCCCACUCCCAUCCAGAUGCAGAUGAUUCCUGUUGGUUUAACCGGGAGAGAUGUUAUUGCCACUGCUGAUACAGGGUCUGGAAAGACAAUUGCCUUCCUUCUUCCAGUGGUGGUCCGUGCCCUCGAGAGUCAAACUGUUGCUCCAUCUAGCCCCACGUGUGUUAUCCUGACCCCGACCAGAGAGCUGGCUAUCCAGAUAGAAAAACAGACAAAAGAGCUGAUAAUGGGUCUGCCAAACAUGAGAACUGCUCUUCUAGUGGGUGGGAUGCCAUUACCCCUUCAACUCCACCGACUUAAACAGAAGAUCAAGAUUGUAAUAGCCACUCCAGGACGCCUUCUCGAAAUCUUGAAACAGAAAGCUGUACGGCUGGAAGAUGCCAGAGCUGUUGUGGUCGAUGAGGCAGAUACCAUGCUGAAGAUGGGCUUCCAGCAACAGGUUCUUGAGAUUUUGGAGCACAUCCCUGAAGAGCAUCAGACUCUGUUGACGUCAGCCACCAUUCCCACAGGAACUGAAGAGCUAGCAGCUCGUCUCACACGUGACCCUGUGAGCAUCACCAUCGGCCAGAAGAACCAGCCCUGCUCCAACGUCCGACAGAUAGUUCUCUGGGUGGAGGAGCCAUCAAAGAAAAAGAAACUGUUUGAGAUUUUAAAUGACAGUAAGCUCUACCAGCCACCGGUUGUCGUGUUUGUGGACUGUAAACUGGGGGCGGAUCUGCUGUGUGAAGCCGUGCAGAAGGUUAUGGGAUUAAACACAAUUGCUAUCCAUUCUGACAAGACACAGUGGGAACGCAAUAAAAUUGUUAAGGGUCUCCUGGACGGCCAGUUUGAAGUGGUGGUCAGCACCGGUAUUCUCGGCAGAGGGCUCGACCUGGUCAACGUUAAACUGGUAGUUAACUUUGACAUGCCGGCAAACAUGGACGAAUACGUUCAUCAGAUCGGUCGAGCAGGUAGACUAGGCCACAGAGGCACAGCCAUCACCUUCAUGAACAACAAUAACAAGCGUCUGUUUCUGGAUAUUGUAGACAGAGUAAAACCCACUGGCUCCAUACUGCCCCCGCAACUCCUCAACUCCCCCCAUCUGCAUGAACAAAUGAGGAGAGCCAAACAGAAGAGGAACCACAGAGAUGAUGUCAUCGUAACCAAGAGCAACCUCAUUGACAUCAUCAGGAGACAUGACAGAAAUUCAGCGAAGAAAUAAAAUAUUUUUUAGUGUGA